GACAGUUAUCCUUAUUGCGUAGAUGGGUGCGCCAACCAAACAUACUGUGGAGAGGUUGAAGUUCCCGCCAAACAUUUAGAAACGUGCAGACGUAUUUCAUCUAAAGGAGAUUUUGAAAAGAUUGGCGAAUCUGGAAAAGGUGUAAAUAACGGGCAUUUUAUAUUAUAUGUUUCUGCCUUUGAAUCAGAAAGAUGCAGUUUUGAAAGCACGAUUGCAUAUGCUGCUUAUUGCAGACUUGAUGCCUCAUUUGACAGACCAGUUGCAGGCUACGUAAACAUGUGUCCAGAUGAAAUUUCUCUGAAGAUGUUUGAUUUACAUCAGAUGCAUUUUACAAUCAAACAUGAAAUUUUGCAUGCUUUGGGUUUCUCCUCUGGUUUAUUUGCAUUCUACAGAGAUAAAAAUGGUCAACCAUUAACACCAAGAAAUCCUGCUACAAACAAACCUCCUUAUAACAAAAAAUUGAACAGAUAUCAGUGGAGUGAUAAUGUUGUCAGAAGCGUUGAUAGGAGUGAUUGGUUGGCUGCCGGUGGUUACAUCAACAGAACUUUUAAUUAUAUUGUCACCCCGUCAGUUCUGCGUGAAGUACGCCAGCAUUUCAACUGCAGCUCAUUGGAAGGAGCAGAACUUGAAAACCAAGGACCUGCUGGAACAUCAUUCACACACUGGGAAAAAAGAGUGUUUGAGAAUGAAUUAAUGACUGGGACUUACACGCAAAAUUUGGUCAUUUCGAGAAUUACAUUGGCACUUUUGGAUGACACAGGAUGGUACCAGGUGAAUUAUCAAAUGGCAGGGGAAUUAAAAUGGGGAAAAAACUUGGGUUGUGAUUUUGCAAAAUCAAGCUGUUCGCAAUGGAUUCUCAACAAGAUGAAUAAAAAUGAAAGCAUCCAUCCGUUCUGUAACCACUUGAAGACUAAUGUUAUCAAGACUGAAUGCACUGAAGACCUUUCAUCUGUGGGUGUUUGUAAUUUGAUCAAGCACAAGCAUCAGUUACCUCCUGUCUACAGGAAUAUAUUAAAUCUUACCGAUAAUGAAAUGGAUAUGUCUCACUAUGGUGGGUCAGUACCUCUGGCUGAUUAUUGCCCAUAUGUGCAAGAAUUUAAUUGGAAAGAAAAUGAAAAAACGGUUAGGGGAUCGAAAUGUUUUGUUGAUAGCAACAAUCCUUCGCUUGAAAUGAAUCUCCUCUUGGAAACUUAUGGGAAGGAAUCAAUAUGUAUUGAACAUUCGACUCAAUGGACUGUAGAAUAUUGUUCAUCUAUACACUCAGUUGAUAACUGGGGCAGUGGAUGUUACCAAUACGUAUGUUUUCAAAAUAAUCUGGGCCUAAUUUUGAACAAUAUUUUACAUUGGUGCCAUAAUGCAAAAGAUGUAAUUCGUGUUACUACUUCUACAUCGUUCUGGUUUCAUAAAGGAUCACUCGUGUGUCCUGAUAUUUCAAAAAUAUGCAAAGUUAGUAAUAAUAGUAAUUUUUUUAUUGUUUACUUAAAGGUACGAACGACACACUCAGCGUUUGCGUAUACGUAUGACUGA